AUGAAGAGCGCAAUCGCGUGCGUCGGCGCGUGCGCGUCGAUCGCCGCGCUCGCGCGCGGUGCGGACGCGCGCGCGCAUCGAGCCGACAACAACGGCGCGAAGAUUUUAUACGCCCACGCACCGGCGAGCGAAUCGUUCGAACGCGACGUCGAACGCUUGCGGUGCUACGCCGCGGUGGCGAAGGCGAGUGGGCGAACGCUGGUGCUCGUGGACGCGGACGCGGAGGCGGCGCGCGGUGAACGGCGAGACCGCCGGCGACCGGCGACGGACUACGUGGUACCAGCAGCGAACGGAGGGCUCGCGCCGUGGCGACGCUGGCGCGAAGGAGACGAUAAACGCGCGAAGAGUGGGAACGUGCGAUGGUGCGCGCAAGUCGAGCACGGGACGACGAUGGAGGCGUCGCGAGCUGUUGAAGAGCGAUUUCGCGGCGCGCGCGCGGCGUGCGUAGCGUUUCAAACCGUCGAUAGAAGUUGUGGUGCGGAUGACGUGGACAUGGUAUUGACGUCGAAAGUAGACUUCAUGGCGACUUUGCCGAGGGAGUUAGAAGGUCUGGUCAAGUCUGGAGUGGUGCGCGAAAGCGUCCUGGCGCCAGCGUUGGGGGGAGCGUCCGCGGCGCAGUCGCGGCUAGCGAUCGUCGAAGAACGAAUCGCCGAGCGCGUGGCGGCGCGCAUAGAAGAGCGUCACCAAACACAUUCGCACAUCCAUGCAGACCAGGAUGUCAACCACACCGCACUGCUCGCUGCGAGCGAGCCAGAGGCCCAGAACGGCGACAAAGCUGCGACGCAAGGAAUUCCCGAGUCAAAGGUCUUGACGACUGCGGCGCGGCGCACGAACGGUUCAGGUCGCAAGAUUGAUACCUCGCGCGCGCUCGUUCUGUUCGCGGCAGCGGUCGGGGUCGUGGGAUUCUUCGUGAAUAGUUUUGGGUUCGCUAAACAGGCAUCAAAGCGGGACGAGCUCGCCGCGCUCAUGCUCGACCCGUCGGCUUCUUUCGGCGCGUCGCGCAAGAAAAAAGUAGUUCAGAAAGAAGAAGCGUCACCGGAAGUCGCAGUGGCGGUUGAGAGUUAG